AGCUAGCGCUGCAUGCUGUGGAUGUGAGCUCUCAACACGACUGUCGACAUGUGUUUGAAUGAGCACGACUCGCCACGCGGCAUGCAGCGCGCAAGAGGAAGAAACCUUAACCUGCGCAUGCAUUUAUUUCAGGGUUGGUCAUUUCUCCACUCGUUGUUACUGGCUUACUACCCCGUGUGGGAUGGUUAGAGUAUUUAUCUUACUUUCAGGGACAUGGAGACGACUAUGUAUGAUGUCGAGAGAAUAAGGAGGCAGGAAUUCUCUCGCCUGAAGGAUACCGUGUACGUGGACCAUGCUGGUGCACCGCAGUAUGCGGAGAGCUAUGUCCGACGCCACUGUGAGCAGCUGUGUACGAACAUCCUGGGUAACCCGCACAGCUCCGCGAGCACGUCCAGCGAGCGUAGCGCCGGGCUAGUGGAUGGAGCUCGCCAUCGCUUGCUGCAGGAACUGGGCACGAGCAGCGAUGAAUACAGUGUCGUCUUUACGGCAGGCUGCACGGCCUCGCUCAAUCUUCUCUCGCAGUGUUUCCCGUGGAGUUUCACCGAUGCUCAUCAACCCGCAUCUAGCACCAUGACCAACGAAGACAAUUCUAGCGGCGAUAGAGGGCAGUGCUCGUGUGAUAACCGAAGCGUGCUGGCCUACCUCGCCGACAAUCAUACGUCGGUAGUAGGAAUGCGAGGUGAAGCUUGGAAACAGGGUGCACAUGUCACCUGCUUCUCAACCAAGGAUAUUGAGCAAAGCAGGAGCGUGCACGAACUCUUGAAACGAGGUGAGGUGAUCCAUCAGCAGUGUGAGAUGUCCACACCAGUUGUUACUGGAGCAGAGCAACAUCACGCACGCCUAUCAGAUGAAGGGCGGAGGGUGCAUAGUUCUGAUCACGGUUCCGAGUCCGGCUGCAUCAGUUCUGGCACUGACCUAAGUUCAUCGGGCUGCAGCAGCUGCGAUACAAUACGCCGUCAACGGCACUGUCUAGUUGCUUAUCCUCUGCAGAGCAACUUCAAUGGUGCCAAGUACCCGCUAUCCUGGUGCCGGAGAAUCCAAUCGCCUCCAGUGUCGGCAACUGACAAGAAUUCAAGUCUAGAAAGUGGUAUAGGUACUUGUCCUAGUAUCCACGGGCAUGUUUUGCUGGAUAUUAGUGGUGCUAUUGGCACAUCACUUGUUUCCCUGAGCGGUGAAGAUCAACCACACUUUGUCGUCCUCUCGCUUUACAAGUGGCUCGGCUACCCAUCCGGCCUGGGAGCGCUGCUGGUUCAUCGAGAUGUGUCGAACUUGCUGAGGCCGUCAUUCUUUGGCGGUGGUGCAGUGGGUGCUUACAGUCCACACAGCGCGUUUGCCGAGCCAAGAGCAUCGGUCAGCGCGAGAUUGGAGCAUGGAACAGUAUCGUUCCUGAGUCUAGCUGCUUUGCAGCAUGGGUUUGACACUCUGUUCUCCUUGGUAGACAACAUGGCAGCAGUUGAGAAGCACACACACCAGCUAGCAAGCUUAGCCUACGCACAGCUGACGUCCAUGUGCCACUCCAACGGCAAGCCGGUGGUGGAGGUGUAUUCGUCAACGGCGUAUCAGUCAUCGGCCGUUCAGGGACCUGUCGUUGCAUUUAACCUGCUGCAGCCUGAUGGGACCUAUAUAGGAAACAAUCAGGUUGGGAAGCUGGCAGCUGCUCAUGACAUUCAACUACGCACCGGCUGUUUCUGUAACAUGGGUGCAUGUCAACGCUGGCUGGGAUUGUCGGACGAGCGCAUACGUCAUCACUGGGCGUCUGGACACCAGUGCGGUGAUGAAAUGGAUAUGAUUGACGGACGCCCAACUGGUGCUGUACGCAUCUCAUUCGGCUAUAUGUCCAAUGUUGCUGACGUGAUGGCCGUCGUCAACUUCAUCAGAUCUUGCUUCCUUGUCACGGAACCAUCAUCGACUCGAGCCUUGGCUGAAGCAAGCGGCGGUGAAGGGACAGCAGCAGUGGAGUCCGAAUCUGGUAAAGAACUUUGCCUAGUUUCCCUCGCCCUUUAUCCAAUCAAGUCCUGUGCUGCGUUUGAGGUAUCUGAAUGGACGGUCGGUGAGAGUGGAUUUCUCUACGACCGUUCCUGGGCGGUAGUGAAACCUGGCAAUGUCGUGCUCACUCAGAAGCAGUGUCCAGCGCUGGGCAAAGUGCGGCCCGUAGUCGAUCUGGCACGGUCUCUUCUCCUUGUUCACUGCGAUGGCCAGACCACUCUAGAGGUUCCCCUGCAUCAGGCAGUGUUGGAUGAUGCAACAACCAAGUCUAUCAGAACCCGUGUAUGCGGUAACAGUGUUUGUGGCUGGCACUGCGGUGAAGAGGCAGCUGCAUGGUUCAGCCAUGUCCUGGGGCAAGGCUGCUUUCUACUUCAGCAGGACAUGCCCAACAACAGAGUGUUAGUCGGCGCAUCGCUGAAAAGUGCUGAAGAGCAGGGAAACAGCACAGUGCCCGUGUCACUGUGUAACAUGGCACCGUUCCUCUGCCUCAGUCUUGCCAGUGUCAACGACUUGCACCGGCAAAUGUCGCUCUCCGAGGACAUGCCUUCACUCAGUGCCAAUCAACUUCUUGAGCGGUUCCGCGGCAACCUGGUCAUAUCCGGCAGUGGUGUACCGUAUGAAGAGGAUACUUGGACCCAUGGGCAGAUCGGUGAUCUCAACUUCAAGAGUGUAGGCCCAUGUACGCGCUGUAGAAUGAUAUGUAUUGAUCCGGACACCGGUCAGCGUCACCCUGAGCCGCUGAGGACACUUGCACGCUGCCGUGGAAAGCAGAUGACGUUCGGUGUGUACAUGUACUGCACGAGCUACCAGCCCGGCAGCCAGAAGGCAACUGUUCUCCGUGUUGGCGACAAGGUAUCUUUUCUUGCCGGUGAACACUCUUAGUUGAACCUGCCGCCUAUGGAAAAUAGUGGGCACAGGCUAGAUCAUGUAUGCAGUGCCAUACUAUGUUUAACUUAUGCUGCCAAAUAACUAGUUCUUACUGUACAGUCAUGCUCUAUUCUUCGUCCUAGAAAGUUAGUUCUAGGCAGUAGUAUGUUUUAUUUAGGAAAUAGGAUGCUACGAGAGGUGAACACCCAAGUCCUAUAUUUUAGAGCAUUUCCAAUUUUGAACCAGCUGCAAAAAUACAGUUUUUUGCCUUGUUGUUUGGCUUGAUUCA